AUGGACCCCCAGGAUCGCAUCCGGGCUGCCGCUGAAUUUCUCGAUCCUAAAAAUCUAAUUGUUCUCGUUUUCCUGCUCGCUAGUUAUCGAGCGGACAUUGUUUUGAUGCUUAAUCGCGGCUUGCGAAGACUCACGGUCAGCUUAGAUGAAAUUCGAGCGCACAGUGCAGAAUUGGUCAAUGGCCUCCUUACAUCGCCGCACGAUUACACUCAGGCAUUUAAUUCAGCAUUGAAGGAAAUUAUCAGCACCCUGCCUAAUCGAUCGCCAAAGGAGACAUCAAACGAUACAGUGUACUACUGUGCCUACGUUGGUGCAUUUGGCGAGUUUGCUUGCAAUCCCCGCACACUUGGCUCCUCUCACCUAAACCGAUUGAUAUGUCUUGAAGGCAUUGUUACGAGAUGUUCGCUCGUCAGACCCAAAAUUAUUAGGAGUGUUCAUUAUAGUGAGAAGAAGGAGGAAUUUUUGAUGAGGACGUAUCAAGAUCAGACUAUGACUGCUAGCGGGGCGACGAAUUUGAACGUAUACCCUCAAGAAGAUGACGAGGGGAAUCCUCUCAUCACUGAGUACGGAUAUUGUAUAUAUCGAGACCACCAAACCAUUUCGAUGCAGGAGAUGCCCGAGCGAGCCCCUGCAGGGCAGCUUCCAAGGGGCGUCGACGUGAUACUUGACGAUGAUUUAGUCGAUAGAGCCAAACCCGGUGACCGGAUUCAAUUGGUUGGAAUUCAUAGAUCCCUUGGAAAUCGAAACGCCAGUACAACCAGCUCUACAUUCCGUACGGUUAUCCUAGCAAACAACAUCAUCCAACUCAGCUCUAAAUCAGGUGGUGGAAUUGCGCAAUCGACGAUAACAGACACUGACAUUCGGAACAUUAAUAAACUUGCGAAGAAGAAGAAUGUCUUCGACCUUCUGUCUCAAUCCCUCGCGCCCAGUAUAUACGGUCAUGAUUACAUUAAACGAGCGAUUCUCUUUGAUGUUAUUAGGCGGUAUAGAAAAGAAUCUUUGAUAACGGGGACUCAUCUACGUGGUGAUAUCAACAUUCUGAUGGUCGGCGAUCCUUCUACCGCCAAAUCACAACUUCUUCGUUUCGUACUCAACACAGCUCCUCUGGCAAUUGCCACCACUGGUCGAGGCUCGUCUGGAGUUGGUCUUACAGCAGCUGUAACGACCGAUAAAGAGACUGGCGAGCGGCGAUUGGAAGCCGGUGCUAUGGUCUUGGGAGAUCGAGGCGUUGUAUGUAUUGAUGAAUUCGACAAAAUGAGCGAUAUCGACCGAGUAGCGAUCCACGAAGUCAUGGAGCAGCAGACCGUCACAAUCGCCAAAGCCGGUAUUCACACCUCCUUAAAUGCUCGAUGCAGCGUCAUUGCAGCUGCAAACCCGAUCUAUGGACAAUACGAUACCCAUAAAGAUCCUCACAAGAACAUUGCCCUCCCCGAUUCCCUAAUCUCGCGUUUCGACUUGCUCUUCGUUGUUACGGACGAUAUUGAGGAUGCUAGGGACCGCAUGGUAUCAGAGCAUGUGCUCCGUAUGCACCGGUACCGAGAUCCUGGCAUGGAAGAAGGAGCCCCAGUGCGUGAGCAGGUCAAUAACAACCUCGGAGUUGGGCUAGAAGAGAAUCAAGAUUCAAAUCGUCCGACUGAAGUAUACGAGAAGUUUAACGUUAUGCUCCAUGCAGGGAUGUCCGUCACUACUAGCCGGGGACCAAGCAGAAGAAUUGAUGUUCUCAGCUUGCCAUUUAUCAAGAAAUAUAUUCAAUACGCCAAAUCAAGAAUCAAGCCCGUGCUCACUAAGGGAGCCGCGGAUCAUAUCGUGGCCACCUACUCCGCUCUUCGAAACGAUGAGCUGUCUGGAAACCAAAGAAAAACCUCUCCCAUGACCGCCCGUACCCUAGAAACCCUUAUUCGUCUAUCCACCGCGCAUGCCAAAGCACGUCUCUCCAGCCGAGUCGAAGAAAAGGAUGCCAAGGUCGCAGAGUCGAUUCUCCGUUUCGCGCUAUUCAAAGAAGUCGUCGAUGACGAAAGGCGCAAGCGAAGAAAGACAGUAAACCUCGAGUCCGACUCCGAGUCUGAUGACUCCGACUCCGGAGUUGAGGAGUCGCAACAAACACCUGCGGCUCCACGCUCAAGUCGACGCCCAGGCCUCAGAGGAAGCAGUACCGCCGCGCGAAAUGGAACCAACACCCAAGGUGAUGACAGCGAUGAAAACGACGACUUAUACGACGCAAGCCCCCGCUCCCGCCGCACGCAGGCAUCCUCCCGCCAAACCCGCAGCCAGCUAGGCGCCACGCAAUCCGAAUCGCAAAUGUCUUUCGCUUCAUCGCAGCCCGCAUCGCAACUCCUGCGCUCGCAGACGGACGAUAAUGAGAGCCAGUCGCAGCCACCAAUUGCAGAGGCGGUUGGGACGGCGGAAUCGCUGCCACCACUCUCGUCCGCGCGGUUGGCAACGUUCCGGCAGGCACUUGGGCCGCUCAUGAGGUCAGAACUGUUCGAGGGGGAUUCGGCGGGGGUGCGGAAUGUGAUUGAGGCGGUAAAUGAGUCGAUUGGCGCAGCGGGUGGAAGGGCGUUUACAGCCGCAGAAGCUGUACAGGCGUUGGGUGUUAUGAAUGAGAAAAAUGAAAUUAUGUAUCUCGGUGAUGAAACUGUUUACCGCAUCUGA